GGAAGUUUUCAGCUGUCAUAGCAACAGCAUUCUAAAGCCAAACCCUGAAUCUUCUCCCAAGUGUUGUGGGUAUAUCUUCACUCAGCCGCAGGGGAUGGUAGGAUAGAGGCCAUGCCGGAGAAAAAGAACAAAAAGAAAAAAGGUAAAGAAAGUAAAGAGGUGAACAAAACGGUCCUGAAGAGGUUUCUAAAGACAUAUGAGAAUCAUUGUUCAGGGGCCCAGUCCCUGGCCAGUCCUACCAUUGCACGAGCCCUCAAAAAAUGCAUUCAAACAGAGACGCGCUAUGUAAAGAUCAUCCUGUCAUGCCUAGAAAAUCCACCAGAGGACACCCCUCCAGUCCUUCUGCAGCCCCUGCUGAGGACAAUAAGGGAUGAGCGGUACAUGUUGGGAACUGAGUUCCAUAUCUGGGGGAUCCCUCUCAGUAACCAGGACGUUGCCAGUCUUGCGAUCUUGCUGGAGUUGAAUGGAAGAACAUGUUAUCCAUUUUGCAAACUGGACGCUAUAGAUUGCAGCAUUGAUGUGUGGUCAUCACAACGUCUGGGAAGAGCAAUCAAAUACAGCCAAUUAACGUCUAUUUCUUUGGAUUACAAUGAUUUGCACGAUGAAGGAGUCCAAGGCCUGGUUGAUGGGCUUGAAGGAAACAAGAAGGUGGUAUCUCUAAGUCUGUGUUACUGUAACUUAGGUCCUGCCAGCGGUAAGCUUCUCGGCAAUGUGCUAGCAGAGACAGCUGUAAGUGAACUGUACCUGGAUGGAAAUGACUUGGAAUGUUCUGGGGCUGUGGAUCUUAUUACAGUUAUUGCAGAGUACGCCCAGAGCCAGGUUUCAGAGGAGAAAGUGGAUGCGGCCACUAAUCUGGCCCGUCAGAUCCUGGAAGCAGAUCAAAGUGUCGGCAUUCACACAGCAGUCUCUGGACACUCUGCAAAUACAGCUCAACCUAAAAAUAAACUGGAAAAGAGCAUUGGAAAAAAGAAGGGCAAAAGAAAAGGAAAGAAGAAGCAAAAAGCUGUCUGUGUGCCAGGGCCAUGGGUGAGCAAGCUCCAUCUGGCUGAUAAUGGGAUUGAUUCAAGAGGAAAAGAAGGAGAAAUCAGAGUGCUUGAAUUUACCCAGUUACUGAGCUGUCUGAUCCGCUACUCGGAGCAGCUCUCAGAACUCAAUCUGGAUGACAACUGCUUGGGCCAACUAGCAGCCAAUGAUAUCCUGGAAGCACUGACCGAAAGGAAUACAAGAAAACUUCCACGUUUGAAAAUUAGAGUAAUAGAACAAAUUCCUGCAGCCAUCUUCAAAGAAAUACUAAAACAAAGUGGGAAACUUAAAGUCUCAAAAAAGAAGAGGAAAAAAAAGGUAAUUAAAUAA